UUACAAACCAAAGAGAGAGAGAGAGAAAGAGAGAGAGAGAGAGAGAGACCCUUGUAUUGAAUUGAGAGAGGCAGAGGCAGAAAUAUAGGAACAGCAGCAGCAAUAGCAGAAGCAGCAGAGGAGGAUCGAGGCAGAUUUCUAGACCACCAUUAUGGAUUGAGACGAAGAGGGAACCCUGCCACCAUGACCAAGCCAGCUGGAGUCAUCACUUGGACGUCAAUGUUGAGAGAGGAGAAGGAGCACACACGAGGACUGCAGCACUCCCAAUCCCACAUCUCCCAAUCCUAACCCUCGGGAGCUAAUCCAGAUUUGGGAAUGUCGCGCAUGGAUUGCUGAGUGGACAAAACUGCACCGCCAGAAUCUGCACACUCUUCUUCUCGGAAUUCUGAUCAUCUUCAUGGUUUUGUUUUUGGACUCGUUUGUCUUCUUUUAGCCCCAGUUUAGAGACUGAUUUUGGGCUUCUGGGCGUCGGGGUAACCUGGUAGUUUGGCCCUCACACAGGUCCAGCCUUCUCCUGACAGGGCCUGGAUUUACUGCUGCAGUCCUGGGAGUCAGGUUUCAUGCAACCAUUCCAAUGGUGUAACGGAUGCCUGUGGUUUAGGUCUCCAGCACUUUGAGAAGUACUGUGGACAUAGCAAGAUGGAUACCACUUACCACCUGCCACUCAAUGUCUACGUGAUAGUGCUGGGCAUCGGCCUGUUCGUCUUCAUGCUCAGCCUCAUCUUCUGCUGCUACCUCUUCAGGUUGAAACAGCAAGGGACGAGGGAGCAGUUCAGCUACAACGAGGUGGUUCUUAAAGGGGCAGGCAAGAAGCUGAGCCUUCUAGGACAAACGUGUGCAGUAUGUUUGGAAGAGUUUCGGACCAGAGAUGAGCUAGCCGUGUGUCCGUGUUCACACGCAUUUCACAAGAAGUGCCUGCUGAAGUGGCUGGAGAUCCGUAGCGUGUGCCCCAUGUGUAAUAAACCCAUCCUCAGGCUCCACCCAGACCCCACACAGGGAACUGAGGGGCCCCAGGACCCAGAGGAGGUGUGAAGGACCCUCAGGGGCCACCACGACCGCCAUACGCACCUGUACGCAUUUACAUGGAAUUGAUGGUCAUUUUAUGGACAUCACAGAGUCGAUUGUAUUCUUAAAGUGGCUUCCAUGGUGUUAGUCUUUGGCUGAGCAUUAAUCAAUAUGGCUGGGGUUUGGGUACUGUAUAUGGAUGUUGAUUACACCCGUCCAGGCCUUUCAGAUCGUCAAGAAAGUCAACGAUGACCAAAGGGGCAGGGCGCAAGAGAGUGUUUCAGGAUCGGGCCCUACUAGUUUAGCAAUGGAACCUAAAAACAAAAUGAUAACUCUAACCUCGAGGGAUGUAGUGUUUGGAAUUUGGCCAUACUAGCAUGCCAAUGGGGCUUCCCACAAGAAAUUAAGGAUAGGGUAGGGGAUCGGGUGCAGCAGGUCAGUUUGGGAUUGGGCCCUCCUAGCUUAGCAGUGGAGCUUCAUAAAGCUGCCGUCUAGCCUCCCCCUUUAGAUCAGGGAGAAUGAGUAAAGGCCAUACGGACAUUCCUGACCCAAAUAUUCAUUUUUCAGCAGCGUACUAAUAGUGAGAAUAAGAGGAAAGUGACAUAGGAACGGGAGCCACUUUAGAAUACCGAGUUCUCCCUCAGUCAUUGGACGAUGCCUGGUACAACACUGCCAGAAACAGCCAAUCACAAACAACACGUCUGGCAUUCUGAGAAGGUCAUUGGUCGAGUAUCAGGAUUGAUGUAAAUGGAUACCUCUCAUACCUCAGGGGUGUUACAAUACAAGCCAGCACAAACAUGCCAUUCAAUACCAUGUGCCACACACAGAACAUGUCCAAUACUGCCAACUCCAACCAACACUAUACUGAGGUAGUGAAAACAUUGGUCACGUUCCAGGCAGACUACAUUGCAGUCGCGCCACACGCAGCAACAAAUGGUUCUAUGCCACAUCAUAGACUGUGCAGUCGUAUGCGGUUAGCUGAUAUGUGAAACACUUAUCCAGGCGUGAAGAUCUGGCAAGCGACUGCAAUGUCGUCAGUCUGGAACGCAGCCAUUGAGAUCUGGCAAGCGACUGCAAUGUAGUUGGUCUGGAACGCAGCCAAAGGCUGAAAUCACAAAACCAGUCCAAUACCAACAUUACAGCAGCCCUCUGAUGUACAGAACUACAUAUCCAGGAGUGUGUCUGAAAUGGCACCCUAUUCCUUACACAGUGCACUACCUUUGACCAAAACCCUAUGCAGGCCCUGGUCAAAGGUAGUGUACUAUAUAGGGAAUAGGGUGCCAUUUCUGACACAAACCAGGUCCAUAACCUCAGACUGAUAGACAGCUAGUCUUGCCUGUAUGUAUGUACGUAACGUUGUGACCCCCCAAUCUUGUAAUUUUGUAUCGUUUGUUGCUUUUAAAUAAAAUAUGUAUCAUCUC